CGACCACCGUGCCUCCUCAACGCAUACGCCCUUACUUUACACCCCACUCCCACCCCUCACUCUUUUCGACGCCGACAUCCACACCGACACCGACGCCGACUCCGACACGCGCGCGCUGCCACCACCCUCACGCCCAAGGGUGUAUCGUGCUCGUGCCCAGCACGCGGCAGUCACCUCCCGCGAAGCGCCUGCCACCCACCUCGCCCCAUCCCUACCCCUCUCGGCGCUCUAG